GAAGAAUUCCACGAUGGAGCCUGCAGCACUCUAUCCCGAGUCCGCUGCUGCUGAGCAGGAAGAUAUCCCAUUCCCUUGUAAGGGCUGUGGAGAGAUCCUUGAGGAGGGAAAGGCCUUUGAACUAGCGGGAAGCCGAUGGCAUAUCAACUGCUUCCGUUGCAGCAGAUGUGGCACUCUCCUAGACUCGGACGCCCACCUUUUGUUGCUUGGAGAUGGUUCCUUGAUCUGCAGCAAUUGUACCUACAGCUGUAGUUCCUGUGGUGACAAAAUCGAGGAUACUGCCAUUCUGACCGGUGACAAGGCAUACUGCUCGAACUGCUUUCGGUGCCGGAAUUGUAAGAUGAAAAUCGAGAAUUUACGCUAUGCUCGAACCUCGCAGGGUAUCUUUUGCAUGGAUUGCCAUGAGUCGCUGAUGCAGCGCCGGAGAAAGAAAAAGGCUGCGGCUGCCGCGGCAAGUAAGAAACAGCCGUCCGGCGUCAAGUUGGACAAGUCUCUACCUUCAUUGCCUCCCAGCGCCAUCGAAUCCGAUGCUCGCCCUUCUGCUCGCGAUGAGAAUGGGCAUCCUGGCGCUGUCGCGGAACUGCCGUCGCAUGGCAAGCCUGCUGCUAACCAGGAAAAUAUCCUACUUCCUUCGAACUCUCACCGAAGCAACCGGCACUCGUCGAUUAUCCCGCAGAACAGUGAUGCAGAUGGUAAUGGGGAAUUCUUGAUACCUGUCGCAUUUGAUCCCUCCGAGGAACAUCGCUUUACUCCGGUCAAGUCGCGCACGGAUUCUGACCCUCACCCCCGCGACUACUUUUCCCGGACUAGGCCGACUGGGACUUCUUUGGACCAUCACCACGGAUUGACGUCGCAUUCUUCCGAUAACCGAUCCCCUCAUAUUGCCUACCAAGAAAAGGGUCGUGAAUGGCCUCAGGAUAAUGUCGAUGGCACGAAUGGCGUCGCUGGAAAGACUCAACAAUUGGCCGACCUUGUCAAGUCACAGGAUAAUUUCAAGGCCGGCCGAACUCCGUCCGCUCGGAGUUCGAGAUCUGACCUCCGCUCGAGUUUCAGAGAAGACACCACUCCUUUCUCUGCAACAAGCCCGGAGAGCAAUAAGUCGACCAGUUCUCAGUUUAAGGAUGUCAUAACGACCGAUUCUCAGAGACCUGGGACUCGAGAUGACAAUGCGGUGUCUUCUCGUCCGUCGGUGGAUUCGGCGCGCUCGCUUCCUUUGCCAAGCUCUAGUAUGCAGUAUCUUCCAAAACGGGGAGACUGGCUGGAGAGCAGACUGCAUCAGCGACUCCAGGGGGGAGAUUCCAGUCCACAGAAUGCAUCAUCCCCAUCGAAUGGCGUCAAUGGCCAUGCCUCUGUUCCAUCCCGAGUACGUGACGAUAUCCAUAAUGAGCAUCUCAAACGCCGUGCUCGCAACGAUUCCCUUAAUGCACUUCAGGGGAAUGCGGUGCUCCGGAGUGACCUGGGACAGCGAUCUUCAAUGGAUGAAGAUACAAGGGUUGUUGGCUCGGAUGACUCUUCCGCUGGUCAUAACGGCGAAUCUCUCCUGCGCCGUGUGUCAAAUUCUGUACGCCAUUCCCGAAGUCAUAGUGACAAGGGGGCGCGUUUCGCAAAUGACACCAAAUGGCCUCGGUCUCCUAUCAACGGCACGCAAGACGUCAGCAGUCCGGUCUCUUCUCCGAAGUCAUUUGAAAAUCUUCGGGAGGAGAUCACCUGGCUUCGUAAUGAGCUCCAGAAGGAACGCCAACGCGUCACAGAGCGGGACCAAAGGAUCGCUGAACUGCACGGCAUGCUCAAUGCGUCUGCGGAUGUCAAAAAAGCCGACACGGAACUGCGUGAGAAACGAUCUACCAUGGUCGUUCUCGAUGCUCAGAAGGAGAUUGUCCUCAGAGAGCUUGGGAUCCUAACCGAACAUCUCGAGUCAGAGAAACGUAGCAGCGGCAGCACCGGUGCUUUGGACUUGGGGAGGAUUACCAACCCCGUUUUGCGAGAGUUUGCUGAGUCGAUCCAACGGUUGAAGGAGUCGUAUACGCCUCAGAUUCAGGAGCUCAUUCAGAAACGAAAUGACGUUGCGGAGGAACUGGCCAAUGUGAACCGGUUGAAGGAAAAGAGUUUCCAGGAGUUCGAGCAAUUGUCUUCCAAGAACGCUCAGCUCGCGGAGCUGAAUAAUCAACUAGUACAUCAGAUCCAGGAACUGUACAAGGUAAACUCUGGUGCUGGCGCUGGCGGUGCCAUCGGUCUCGGAAUCUACGGCCACGACAAGGAGAAAUCCGUUACAUCAAUCGACAAGCCCGUACUUAACGACCUUGGGCCUUCGGUUUCGGCCGCGAACAUCUCCGAAGAUGUCGAGCCAGCCACUAUUGUUCCAGGUCCACAGGUAGUCAGCAUCCGCAAAGGACAGCCGCGGAAAUUUAAUUGGAAGCGCGGUGGCCAGAAGGCCAAGGGCGUUACCAAGGGUAUCAAAGGUUUCAUAACUAGCGAGUCAAAGGAUAUUCUUCCAUAUAACUCAACCGCCCCGGCUCAGGAAGGUUUGCCUCGCACGCAAACAGAUCCUACUCGGCAAGGUUUUGGUUUUUUCGGCAACCAGAGGAAUAAACAAGGCACAUCGAAGAUGCCUCUGAAUGAUAACCCAGCGGCCUCGACUGACACUGCCGCUACAAAUGGUCUCUUUGGCACAGAUUUAGAACAGCGUCUGGAGUUCGAAAAGGGCAUUAUCCCUGCUAUUGUCACUAGGUGUAUACAGGAGGUUGAAUUACGAGGCAUGGAUGUUGAAGGGAUUUAUCGCAAGUCUGGCGCAAGUUCUGUCGUCCAGACCAUUCGAGAAGGCUUUGAACAAAAUCCCGACGAGUACGACAUUUCGGACCCGGAUCUCGAUAUCCACGCAGUCACCUCUGCUCUAAAGCAGUAUUUCCGUAAAUUACCAAUGCCCCUAAUUACUUACGCUGUAUACGAGAAGAUCAUCGACAGCGGGGAGGCUCCCUCGGACUCCGCUCGUAUCGAGCAUCUGCAGAGGAAUCUUGAGGAAUUGCCUCGCGUCCAUCGCGAUGUACUUGAAUUUUUGAUAUUCCACCUGAAGCGAGUCGUCGAGCACGAGAAGGAGAACCUGAUGAACAGUCAGAAUAUUGCGGUCGUCUUCGCCCCGACUAUCAUGAGGCCGGAGAGUCUUGCUCGUGAGAUGACUGAUGUGCAGAAGAAGAACGAAGUCCUGAAAUUCCUCGUGGAGAACUGUCAGGAAGUUUUUAUGGGUAUGCAGAGCUAACUAGGUGCUUGAGCACAUCCCUCCGAGGAUGCCUAUCUAUUUAUGCUGCUGAUCAGUUCGUCUGGGACGAACGUCUGCACUCGGCUCUAUUCGGCAUCGAAGUUUCUGCCUUCCAUUAUUAAUACACAUCUUGCGGUGUUCUUUAACCACAUCGCUUACCUCCGCGGCUUUACUUCACGAUGAUAUCAGUCGAUGACCUCUUCACGUCUUAUGAUGAACUUCUCUCUUGCCGAGUAUGCAAUGCAUUUUACAUUGCAGGCAUUUUACUUUCUUCGAACCCCAUCUACGGUGUAUGAUACUUG